AUGGCGGAGCUCUUCGGGGCGCUGAAAGAAAAGGCACCGGAUCACUGCGUGCAGAUCCAUGACAUGGAACCCAAGGUGUUCAUGGCGAUGCUCCAGUUUAUCUACACUGACUCAGUACCUGAAACGCGAAGGGGAGAAGAAGUUGCCAUGGCGCAACACUUGCUUGUUGCGGCGGACAGGUACGACCUCAAGAGGCUCAAGUUCAUCGGCGAGGACAAGUUGUGCAGUCGCAUUAGAAAAUCAACAGCGGCGGUUACAUUGGUACUGGCAGAGCAGCAUGGCUGCCAUGGGCUUAAGAAGGCUUGCUUUGCGUUCCUCUCAUCCCUUAGCAAUCUAAAGGCGGUCAUGGACACUGACGGAUAUGAACAUCUGAAGAGAAGGUGCCCCUCCUUUCAUGAACAACUGCUUGCCAAGCUUGACGACUCCAAAAGAAAAAAGAUUGGGUCAUUCUGGUGUUUCUCUGUUCAAUAG